AUGGGGGAGGCGCCGCCGUGCAGCGUCGUGCCGCGCCGGGCCGCCGCGCAUUUCCGCCUGCCGCGCCGGGCCGCCGCGCAUUUCCGCCUGCCGCGCCGCAAGGUCCACGUCGUUCGGCUCGGAAACGGCGACGCCGGCGUACGGCGGGCGGGUUGCGCCCGCGGCCUCCGGGGCCGGAUCAAGCUCCGGUGGCUCAGCAACGCCAUGUGGCGGCUCGCCGGGAUCUGCGUGGCGGUGCUGUCGGGGCCGCCCAGGGUUUCCGACGCCCCGCCGCCGUGGACGGGCGUGGAGCCGUGCUUCGCGGCGCCGUUCGUGCCGGCCGUGCUGGUGCCGCGGGCGGGACAAGACUGCUAG